AUGUGCCUUGCUUCAGGUGGUUGUCUUCCCGGUGAGUUCCCUUGCGCCAAUGGAGGCUGUAUCGACCUGUGGUGGCGCUGUGACCACGAUAACGACUGUCUGGACGGAAGUGACGAAAUAGACUGCGUGUAUCCUGAGUGUCAGGCAGACCAAUUCAGAUGUGCAGGGAGCGGUCGCUGCAUCUCCGCCAGGUGGCGCUGUGAUGGCGAGAGGGACUGUCGGGAUGCCAGUGAUGAAACAGGCUGUAACGAGUAUCUGUCAGCAGAGAACUUGACCCGGAUUGACCCCGACAGUUUCAGCCUGGGUAACAAGGUCUCAGCCGAGGAUGUGGAUGUAGACACCAGCCCUGCUCAGACAGCCGUUUUCGAGUCUCACUCAGCCAAGGACAUCAGGCCAAUGAAAGCGAAAACAGUUCACAGUGAGGAAGACAGCAACACUGAUGACGUCAUCCGUGAUAACCAGGAAGGCGGAAAGUUGCCGGACCAAACUGAGCAUGCGCGAGUUGACCCCGAAGACCAACAACUCCCAUUCGUUGAGCUCACAGUCGGUGGCUAG